UAUUUACCAUCGUUGCUAGGUGAUUGUGUCCGUAGCUGGCCUUAAGUGAUAUCCGGUGUACAUAGUGCCCGUUUUGACUUGACGCAGCAUACUCAAAUUCUAGAAACGCCGACAGUUAAACAGACCGAGCAACAAAGUCUCCGCUAACAGAUCAAGAUGGUGAAACUACACAUCAAGAAAGGUGAUGACAGCCACUUCCUGUACGAAACAACCGUGAAUAUUCCCAUCGAAGACCUACUGAGAGAUAUCACUGCAAUCUACAAUGGCAGGUUGAAAGUGAUGAGAAUAUGUGCAGAGAUGGAGGAGUUGGCCAAGUUUGGCAUCACGCUGCCACCCAACAUGCAGGGAUUGACAGAGGAGCAGAUCUUUGACCUGAAGCUGGUGGACGAGUGGGCAGAGAAAUGUACACCAAGUGGGGGAUACAAGGAGAAGAAGGAUGAGAUUGGACGACGGAAUGGCAGAGCACCCACUGACACAAUGGCAGAGGUUAUCAAGAAGACAGUGAAGGAGGCCAAGGACCUGAUCUCAAAGGAGAAGGUGAAGGCCAACGCGGAGGUGACCCAGGGGUCAGUGAAGGAGGCACUGGACAUGCUGCGUGGGGCAGUGAUGAUCGUGUACCCCAUGGGACUGCCGCCUCAUGACCCCAUCAGGGACGAGUUUGAAAACACAGAGGACCUCACUGGAACUCAGGCAUCCCUGGAUGUGAUAGACGAGGCUAGUGCUUCCCUCUGGUGGGCAGGGAAGGAGUUUAUCAGAGGGAAGAAACUCAUGGACUUCAUUGGCAAGAAUGAGAAGACAAAAAUAGUUGCCAAGUUGCAGAAGCGUGGCCAGGGUGCGCCGGGGAGGGAGCCGGUGGUCGGGGAGGAGGAACAGAAACAGAUGAUGGCGUUCUACUACCGCAAACAGGAGGAGUGGAAGAAAAUGGAUGCUGAUGCAGAGGAUGCAUACAUGGACUCAGGCUGGGCUGACACCAAGCAGCUGAAGAGACAGUUCCAGGGAAUGAAUAACAUCAAGUGGGGGCCCCGUUGAGAUGACCCCGGGGUCAAGGGGCUGGGGUCCCAUGGGGCUGCAGUGUGAUGGACUCGGGGGCAAGGGAAGGGUGUCAUGGAGACAUAUUAUCUGAGUAGAUAAAAACAGUCUUUAUCAUUGGAUGAAUACAGAGAAUGGAUGCCAUGUACAGAAAACAGUCCUUGCUUCUUCAUGGCGAAGAUGAAAUCUGUGUGUCUUAUAUUUUCCGGGGACAAGUUCAGGCAAAUCUGCCCGAAGUAUCACACCGCAAGUAUUAGAUGCUGGAAUAUCUGGGCAACUGUUGCAUGAACUGAGACUUGAUAUCAUCAAAUUGUUGCUGGACUGCUUCUUUGAACUUCAUACAUCUUGACUCCAUACAACAAUGAUUGGUGCAACUGUUGGUGUAAUUUAGUGGUGGUUCAUGAUCAUUGAGACUCAGCAGUGAGUUGUCUCCCCUUGGGUGAGGGACCUCUUCAGCAUUAUGUUUACAUGUACAUCUGUGUAAUUGUUGUUAAGGUAUGGAUGUGGUUCUCACAGGAUUCUCGUGUGAAUGAUAGUGUGUACACGUGGUGCGGGUUUAGAUCAUGACAAGUUGGUACAGCAAUCUGUAAACUGGUCCAAAGCCCGAGUCUAGUAAUAUUCUGUUCAGUCUUGUAAGCUCGGCUAUUGUUUGGUCCCAUAGUAACACAAACUUCAACUGAAAAUGAUUCUUAAGAGCCCAGUUGGAGCAACUAGACUCAAUCAUUUGGCAUCAACUGGUACAGAUACAUCUUUCAAACAGUUUGGGUUGUUUAGGCCAAGUAUGAUACUCUUGGGAGAUACUUCUGUGGAUAUGCAACUUCUUUAUUACAAUGAAUGUGACAUUUCAGCGUAGAUACUAACACCAUUAUCAAGCUAGAAUCUUUGCAUCCAUUGUAAUAAAAAGUUGUAUAUCCAUAGAACUAUCUCAUUGUUCAGCUACCAACUGCUGAAUGCCACUUACAGAAGUAUGGUACUGUUAUCUGUGUACCAACAGUCAUGUAUAAAUAUCUCAAUACAACAGUUGUAGCUUUAGGCAUCAUCUCUCAAAUUUGGAUAUCUGAGAUUAUAAUAAUAAAAUCACCAAGGGUAGAUAUUUACUCUAACUGUCUUGAAGCCUUGAUAAUAGAGGGGUUAAGCCUUGAUGAUGGAGGGGUUAAGCCUUGAUGAUAGAGGGGUUAAGCCUUGAUGAUAGAGGGGUUAAGCCUUGAUGAUAGAGGGGUUAAGCCUUGAUGAUAGAGGGGUUUGAUGAUCAAGUAUAAUUAUAAAGUCCUCUGCAUGUUUCAUUUUUAUUUCCAUUAUCAAAAAAAUAUAAUCUUUAAAUUUUCCGCAUCUUGAACACACAACCCUGGCAGUGAAUGCUACAAUGCUUAUGAACAACAUGAUUUUGCUGAAAUUAUUGUAAACAAAAUUUGGUUACAUACUGGCUUGAACAAAAAAAAAAACAAUCACAUGCCCGCAUUAUAUUUUCAAAAGCCAUUGCUUGAGAACCAGUUCUUAUAUUUUUUUAAGCCUUAACCCAUCUUUCAUUUCCCUGUUGUUGGGUGUAUGAUCACCGCCCACUGCUGUACUGCCAUGUUGCUGUCCCCCUUGUAGUGUACCACAAGCUGGUGUUGGGCAUUGUUUGAGAGUUUGGAUGAGUUUUACAGACAUUCCGUUGAUGCAGUUAUUGCAACAUAUUUCAGUGUAUCUUGUUAGUGAGGCCACUCUCAUGUACAAGUACAUGUAUUUCUUCACCAUUAUUUGUUCAUGUUUUUAUAUCUCGCAUGUUUCAGCUAUGUUAGUAUGUCUGUAAUAUACAUUUGUAAUUAUUAGGUUUUAUGUCAAAUCUUCCGUCCAGAAUCGUAUACAGGAAUUCAUGACAAUGUAUGGAAUAAAAUGAAAAUAAUAUGGCA